AUGUCUCAGUUCAUUGAACUCCAGAGAUCUCGACUUGAAGAGAUAGAUGUCAUAAGACAGUCGACAUUUAAGAGGUUCAGGAAGAAUCCUGAAGUUAUACCGCCUAUAAUAAGAGAAAAAGACGAUGUUUUAGCAUUGAAAGCCACCAAACCGCAUCACGAAACAUUAUUACAGAAACAUGAGAUAAAGCUUUUUAGUGAUAGAUAUUCCAAGUUGAUGGAUCAAAUCAGCAGUACGAAACAACAACAACAGCUAGUUCAACAAUCACUCGAGAAGCUUGAAGAUUCAGGAAAAGAUUUCAAGAUGUUUGAUACGUUAUAUGAACAAUUACGUAGUAGAAGAGAUACUUUGAUAGAUGAGAAUUUACUUUCGUUAUAUUCAAUGUAUUCAUCAUCACCAAUGGAGGAAGUCAAGACCACCAAAAAUGGGAAGUUGAAAGUAAGAAAGAAGUAUAUUUUGAGUCAAGAAGGUAGAAACAAGAUAGAUGCCGAUAAUUUAUUUACACAUGAAGAACAAUAUGGAAAGUUUAUUGAUGUUCACAGGUUUUACGAUAUUUACAGAGAACUCAACAAGAAGGAUGUGAGUUAUUUGGAAUUCCUUCAUGAUUUUGGAAAUUGUGAAGGUGUCAAGUUCGAAAAUUACAAUAGUCAAUUAAUUGAAUAUUUAUUAAAGUUUAUCGAAAGGACUGAACCUUUGUCUGAUAUAAACAAUUUGCACAUUGCCAUGGAAGGUGAGUUUUUCUGUGGGAAAGCAGUGGAAGGAGUUUAUACUUGUAAACCCUGUGAUAGGGCCAUUAAAGAAUCUGCGUUCAAAAGUCACAUAGUAGGUAAAAAACAUAAGAAGAAUGUGAAUAAGAUGACAAUUGACAAACAAGAGUUUCAAAAAUUCAAACUCAAGUACCUCCAAGAAUAUUUGAAAGAAAAGAUUCAAAAUACUAUAAAUAAUGUGGAAAGGAAGAAUGCCAUGACCGAAAGGGAAAGAAUGAUAGAGAAUGAAGUUGAUGAAUCAGAUUACACCACAGCUGAUUCCGAACCAUCGUCAGAUUCGGAAGUUUCAGAAGAUGAAGAUAAUGAUUUGUUCAAAGAGUUGCCUUUAGGAGCCGAUGGAGUACCUAUCCCAUUCUGGUUAUAUAAACUUCAAGGAUUACACCAUUCUUAUAAUUGUGAGAUAUGUGGAAACAUGGAAUAUAAAGGUAGAAUUAGUUUUGAGAAACAUUUCGGUACCCACAAACAUCAGCAAGGGUUAAGAUUCUUGGGUGUUGAUGAUGAAUCUUUGAAUUUGUUCACCAACAUUUCAAAGAUCGAAGAAGCCAUGGAUUUAUGGAAAAUUAUUAAACGUGAGAGGAGAGAAAAAGAAGGUGAAAUGGAAAAUACAGUGGAAGUUGAAGAUAACGAAGGUAAUGUAAUGUCCGAAAGGGACUACUUACAAUUGAAAAGACAAGGAAUUAUAUAG